GUCUGUCUAGUACUAAGCCGAUUCUAUUUCAAGGGUAGCGAGUCGAAACGGGACAUCGAGACCAUGAUUAAACGACCCGUCUGAAACUUUGCACACCGGGCAUAGUGAGCGCAGAAAGAAAUCACGCCAGGAAUUCAUCUGGGAGCAGUAGGCUAUAAACAUCUAAUUGGAGGACUAUCCCCGCUAAAAUAAUUGGACAACUUUCAACGGAUGUAGGCUACUGUCAUCGUGUUCUUGUUUUUUACUGAAGUGUGUUGUUAGUCUACUGGAGGACAGAACAAAUUCGUUUAGCCCUUGAUUAUAGUCAGUCUUAAUGAUUGUUAAAGAAAAUCCCUCGAACAACAGAAGUAAAGCAACAUCUACAGACCUUUCCCUCAUCACAAUCACUAUGAGAACCUUAUGACUUUGGAACGCACGGGUCAAUUUUCUUCAUCAGGGAUCAACAGACACUUGAACUGCCACAGUCCAUGGAGGUGGUGUCGAAGCAGGAGCGGGCGGACCAAAGCAAGGCUGACGCUGUCAAGAGUGACCAGGAGGAGGACAAUGCGACGGCCUCUGGCCACACCUGUGGUCUCUGCGGACGGAGCUUCCCUCUCCUGAGCUCGCUGUCCCAGCACAUGCGCAGGCACACCGGAGAGAAGCCCUACAAGUGUCCCUACUGCGAACACCAGGCGGCCCAGAAGGGCAGCCUGAAAGUCCACAUCCGCAGCCACAAGCUGGGCCUGUUCAGCCGAAGCCUGGGCAAGAAGGAAGGGGAGGGCAAGAAAAGGGUGGAGGAGGGGGAUGGGGAGCAAGGACAAACACAGGGGGACCCCCAGAAACUGGAUAGUCCCGACAACAACCUUGCCAAAGGCACCUCGGCCAAGAAGCACAAAGUCAACGGCAAGACAAAAAAGAAAAGCUCCAAGAAGAAAGGCGAAGACACAGUCGUCCAGGAUGACGGCAAGGAGGACAAGCCGCAAACCACGGCUGAGGGCAACUCAUUUCCGGGAGGGACCAACUGGGUGGACGACAGGGACGAGGAGGCCAGUGCUGGCUCCUUCCCCUGCGGCUCUUGCAGCCAAGUCUUCCCCCAGGCCCUGCUUCUCAAGGCCCACAUGAAGAAGCACCGCGGCUCCCUGGACCACGGCUGCCGCAUCUGCGGACGGCGCUUCCGCCAGGCCUGGUUCCUCCAGAGCCACAUGAGGAUUCAUCGGGCCAAGAGCCAGCUGCGAGGUGGGGGUGGUGACAGCAGCGAGUCCCCGACCACCCUCAACGGCGUCCCCCGGGAGCCGGCGUCCCUGGUGAACGAUGACUGUCUCUACGAGCUGUGUGCCGGCUGUGGCAACUUCUUUUAUGACCGCAAGACCCUCAGGCUGCAUGAGAGGGUCCACAAGCAGAGCCACACCCCCAGCAAGCCGACGCAGCAAGACCCCGACAACGGCUCGUUAUCACCCGCCGCCAAGAGGCGCUUCCUGGAAUGCCUUAACCUCAGGGCAGCUGGGGCUGGAGAGGCAGCUAGGGAGGGGAGUCUUGGAAGACGGAUCCCCGAGCUGGACCCAGUAUGCAGUUACCAGGCCUGGCAGUUGGUCACCAGAGGAGGGCGUGUGGUGGAGGUGACAGAUAAAAGCCUAGGCUGGGAGGAGAGGCUGGCGGAUGCCGACGUGGCGUUUGACCGGGAGAAGGGCGAGUAUGUGCCGCUAAAACAGGAGAAGCGGAAGAGGCAGCUGGACUCCUCCCAAAGCAAGAAGAAGAAAGGGGCCCAGGAUGUUGUCAUUAAUGGUGGCAGCGGUGGGAUCUCCCACCAGCAGGGUGACAGUAGAAAUAGCCGCACCUUGUUGAAUGGGCUCAGCCCAGAGACGUUUGGAAUAUUGCAGAAAAAGGUGAAAGAUGGUCAUCAAGCCAGCAAGCAAGCCACCAAAUCAAACUCUGCCAGUCAGCCCAGCACAACAAGACAAGAAGAUUCUCUCUCUGCCAUUUCCAUAAAGAGGAAUAGUAUCAGGGACCCAACCUAUGAAGAUACCAAGCCAUACUUCUGCAAGCACUGUGACUUCCACACCAGCGACCCCUCUUGCUUCACGUCCCACAUGCACAAGCUGCACAAGCACAUCAGGGAUGCACAUCAUCACAUACUGGGAGCUGUUAUGGAAGACCCGAGCCACGGCGCUCCCAAAGCCUCAGGUUACAUGGAAUAUCUCCGGCUGAAGAGCACACUGCUCAGCCAGCCCUACUGGAAUCCUCCUGGCCUGGAGAGGGCGGCAUCAAGCGGCCAGUCAGAGAAGUCGAGCCUAAAGGUCAAAGGGCAAUCCUCUCAGGAUGCCAUCAUCAACGCCAGCCUCCUCAACCUAUCUGCCCCGCCUGAGGGCCAGCAGGAGGAUAGUGGUGCGAACCCUGUGGCAGCGCCGUCCGAGGGUAAGCUGGUCAGACACCAGUGUCCGUUCUGCACCCACACAACCCAUUACCUGGAGGUUCUGUGGAUCCACCAGCGUGUGGCCCACAGGGUGGAUAGUGGCAGCUCCCUGGCCCCCAAAUGGGCCCCCUACGUGGCCGGUUUCGUGGGCUCCAAGGCUGCAGGACGACGCACAGGGCCCCCACCGUUCCUGGAGGGCAAAGACUGCCCAGCGCUCCCAGUUCCCCGGGCCCAGCGCACAAAAGCCCCAGGUUCCACCACCACACAACCUUCAGGUGGAGGCACAAAGAGGCCAAAGACCCACACAAGCACUACAAGUACUACUGCCCAGUCCAACACCAGCCAGGCCAUGGUGUCAGGGUCGCGUACCUCCACAAGGUCGCCCCCUAGUGGUGGGGAGUCGCUCCUACCGCAAAAGAAGAAGUCGUCGAGCCGCCCAAGCCAUACGGAGGAGGUGGCAAAUAAGAACGCCCGAUCUAAAACGGAAGCCCACCUCAAAGCUCCUGCCACCACCGCCUCGACCAGCAUCCGAGGCUUCUCCCAGAAGUCGACAAGCAGCCCAAAAUCUGGAAGCCAUCAUCCGGCGGCUGCGAAGGGAAGCCUGCUUCCACAAGAGGGCCUCGGCUUUAUUCUCGCCAGGAACCAUGGCAGGGCCGACCACGCGUCCCAUCUUACCCCAGACAGAACUCACCUACACCCCCAGCCCCAUCCACACUCCCACAGCCAUCCACAGAAUCCCCCUGCAGCCCCGAAAGGUCAACACCUUUGGUCAGUCACAAACAUGUUUGGGGCGCAGGGCAGCAGCGGGUACCUGGCACCCGCCACACUCCUCGGCCACGGGAAGAGGGAGUCGACUGCUGGGGACAGCAGAGACACCCCGAUGGACAUGGACAUCCUGGGUCUGUUGAAGAACUACAACCCCCACGACCUGGCAGCUCUCUACCAGCACUGGGGCUUUGUAGAUCCCAGGCUUGACCCACAAGCGAUACUGCAGUACAAUGGUCAUUUUGGAAAUGAAGUCCAUUCCUCCACAGAGGCCUCCAAACAAGUGAGUGGUCGUUCCUCUGCUUCCACAGCCUCUCUUAGGAAGGGGACAUGAAAACUCUGCAUGCCACAUGCCCUGAAAACUCGACUUCCCAAAAUGUACUGUUGCAAGAUGAGAAGCCUGCAGUCCCUCACAGGAACCAAGCCAUGACUACAGGAGAACAGUGGCUCUUCACUUGAUGGGCCCAAUUGUCUCAAGGGACACUCUUUGUUUACAACUAACUAACCCUCCCGGACUGAAAAAGCUACCAUUACAUGUGGACGUGCAGAGUGGACAUUUAUCCCCAACUGGGGCGUGAACUCACAACCCUCUGCACUGUAACUCAACAUACCCAAGAAGCACCGUCAAUACCUUGGACACAGAAAGGCCAAGGCAUUUCUGCAUCCAGAGCGA